AUGAUCCAAGAUGUCUCAUAUUUGAAAUUGAAAAUCAAUAUGUUUUGGGAUAUUCUUCGAUAUUUCGAAAUAUCUUGUACUCCUUAUUAUAAAGUGAGCUAUUGUACUUCGAUUUUACGUGGAAUGCUGAUUGCAUCAAGUGGACUUAUGAUAAUUCAAUCAUCAAUGAGUUUCGAUAGAAUAUUCGAUUUAUUUUUUCAAAGAUAUUAUGGAAGAUUUAGAGCUCUGAUGGCAAUUAUUUUCUCUGGUUUUGCAGUUAUUAUAAGUUAUUUUGUCUUUGAGUUUUUGACAAUUGGAGAUCCUUUGGAGGGAGAAGUUUUGAAUUGCGCAUAUUUUUCGCCGAAAUCUGCGGGGAAUUUUCAAUUUUAUAUCAAUCUUCAGUUGUAUAUUUCGAUUUUUCAUAUUGUUUUGGAUUUAUUCAUUUUGGAGGUUGUGAUUCGGAGGAAAACUAAGAGUUUGUGAGUUUUAAAAAUUUUCAACUCACAAAAAUCUCACUGUUUCAUAAGAAAUUCAGUAAAGAGGGAACAUUUUUCAAAAUUACUACAUUUCGCAAAAAUUUGUGACUCGAAAAUUUACGUUUCAAAAAUUUGAGAAAUAAAAAUUUGGAAAAAAUGAUUUGAUCGAGCAGUGCGUUUUUUUUCCUUCAAAAGUAUUUUUAGUGCUUCAAGUAAACUUAGAGAAUUUUGUUUGAAAACUUAAAUUUUCAAAAAAUUUAGGUUGGCUUUCGUGAAAGUUUGAAAUCAACUUGAAAAAUGAAAGAACUGUUCACAAUCUCAGUCUCAAUUAAAAAAAAUCAAUACCAUUCUUUUCCCAGAUUCUCAUUCAACGUGAUGAAAAGAUUCCACGCCAAAGAAUCUCUAAAAUCCACCCAAUAUAUGGUAGCCUUAUCCACAAUUCAAUUCACAGCCCAAGUUUUGAGCUCAAUCUCAACUAUUUUUCUGCUAACAGUUUCAGCUUAUCUCAAUUCUUUGUCAAAUGCAAUUGCAGUUUCUCUUCUCUAUGUGAGUCUAGGGAAGGGUUGGAAAAUUGUAAGAAGAUUAUUCCAAAAAUUUUACUGUUUCAACAAUUUUGUGAAUACAACAAUUCAAAAAAACCAAUUUUCGAAAUUUCCCACAAUUUUCCACUGUUUCAGUCAAUGCCAUAUUUCUGUGUGGCGCAUCCAAUUUUCAUAAUCUGGAUGCUCCGCAAAACUCGAAUCGAAAGAUGGAAAAGUAUUCGAAUUCUUCAACGACAAAAAGAGACACAAGAUGAUCAUAUGAAACGAAUACGAAAAGCGUGGGCCUAA